AGGACCGGAAGAAGCAUCGGUCCGGUUGUUAUUUAACAAACGCUGUAAUUUGCUAAAUGUUAUUAUUAGUGGGAACGAGUUAACAAUCACUGUCAGGGUUACGGGAUUACGUGGUGGAUGGUAUAAAACGAUUCGGAUUCGCGGCUCCCUACCGCAAACAGUUCCAGAGUUUCGACGCAGCAAGGAUAACCGGCAGCAAGAUGAACCGCAGAAGUUUAACGUGCGCUCUUGUGCUUCUGGUGUCUCUGCAAGUCUUCACGUCGCAAGCGGCUCCGACCGGUGUUAAGCAGUUGAUCGAUAUGAGCGAGGACGAGCUGAUGGCAAAGUUCUCGCAGUUCGUUAGCGAGGAUAAGGAGAUCGCUUCGAUGAUGGAGAGGUUCAGGGUGGAAGGGCAUUCGCUGCAGAAGAGGCAGAGCGAAGACGACAUGAGAAGGGAACUGGAUGGUAUGGACGAUAUGGAUGUUACGCCGAAGCAGGAGGGCUUCAUGGAUCGUGCCGCUAAAUUCGUCCUGGAAUUGGUGCAGAGAUUUCUUAAGUGGAUUAAUACGGAGUAGUAUUAAAACCUUCCUAUUCGGAUGAAGUGGAAAUCGUUUCGCUCAAGCUCUCACAGCAAACCAAAUCGAGUUUACUAAUAAAAAAAAAACUAAAUAAAUGCAAUAUUUAUUCAUAAUAACAUGCAUACCUCUUCAGUUCAUCCUGUAUACAAUCAGUUCCGCAUUUUAUACAUAACUCUCAAUCAUAUUCAAUAGAAAUCUAUGUAAAAAAAGUUUUAAAAACAAUACAAUUUUACAAUUGAAA